AUGAGGUUGGCGGCGUAUACUGGGGCCUCUGUGGCUCUAGCCGCGGGCGUGAUCUUGAAGGCUCUUCACCAGAGAGCCAAUUUUUAUUCUGCCUGUGUCUAUCUUUCCCAGAGCAGCGCGAAUCUGAUGAUCUUGACGAAUCUAUGUCUAGUGGUUGUUGGGUUUCUACUCUAUGGCCUGCAGCGGUUGCUGUACGGCCCUCUACGGCCGAUCGAGACGGAGCAGCUGUACGAGAAGGCCUGGUUCGCAGUCACGGAAACUUGCUUGGCGAUGACCAUCUUCCGCGGCGAACUCGGAGGUUGGUUUCUGGUGAUGUUUGUGUGUCUUCUGGCUGGAAAGGUCUGGGGAUGGAUUGGCGAAGGGCGACUGGAGAUACUGGAGCAGCAACCGCCUUCGAACCCGCUCCUAUUUCAUACCCGCCUUGCGACGUCUCUCGUUCUUUCCGUCCUGUUCGAUUCCUUCAUGCUCAAGUACUCCGUAAAGACAGUCCUUCAGCAAGCUAGGCCAGACAUGAUGGUGAUGUUCGGUUUCGAAUUCGCGGUUUUGACGAUCCUGUCCACCUCGACGGCUGCCAGAUAUGCGAUCUCCCUUGUCGAACUAUAUAUAACACACAGACAAAAGAGAAUGAAGCUUGAGGAACGCAGAGCUGAAUUGCGCGCAGAGAGAGAGGAAGCGUUGCGGCAACGUGCGGCCACCGGACAAAGCGAUUCUACAGCUCCCCUCCCCGAUGAGAACGAUAUCGAUGAGAUGGAGCUCGACGUGCCAGGCUGGGAGGAGAAAGGCCGAUGGGUUUUCUACCUCGACCUUGUUACCGACUUUUUCAAACUCGUGGUCUAUCUGUCCUUCUUUGCCAUUCUCUUUACUUUCUACGGCCUCCCGAUUCACAUUCUGCGCGACGUUGUGGUCACAAUACGCUCGUUUGGUAAACGGAUCGUGGAUUUCGUACGUUACCGCAACGCUACUAGGGAUAUGAAUGAACGCUAUCCCGAUGCUACAGCCGAGGACAUGAGUCGCGAGGAUGUUUGCAUUAUUUGCCGCGAGGAAAUGGUCCCUUGGGCGCAACCUGCUGCGCCUGGCGCUGAUGCUGGAGCUGCUCCCGCGCGUCCCAGGGCGAACAUCCCUGACCGUCUGCGCCCUAAGAAGUUGCCUUGUGGUCACAUCCUUCACUUUUCUUGUCUACGAAGCUGGCUAGAAAGACAGCAAAACUGUCCUACCUGUCGACGACCCGUUGUCGUACCUCAGCGGAACCGGGCUUUCAAUGGCGGGGCUGUCAAUAACGACGGCAGACCUAAUGAUGCCGCUGCUGGAGGCCAGCCUGGUGUAGCAGGACCAAAUCAGCCAGCAGGUCCAAACUUGCCUGCUAUGGAUGGGCAGCCGAGGGCGAGGAUAUACCAGUUUGGACCUUUCCGGAUUGGCUUCGGUGCUGGCCGCGGAGACCUGUUCCAGAAUCUCCAUCAACAACUUCACCAAGGGAAUGUCCCAGCGCCACCCGCUGCUCCUCCUAACGUUCUCCCAGGCGCACAGCAGAUAGGAUUUGGUUUCGGUUUCGGGCGGCCACCACCUCAGCCUGCAGCGCCUGCCCAGCCUACCCUCACCAACAACUUCGCCAACAUGCAAGGCCAGCUACAGCAGAUCGAGCAGCAGAUGAACCAGGAGAUUAAUAACCUGCGCGUCGCUGCUGAUCAACUUCACGUUGUACGAUUACUGCAAGCGGAAUUGCAUAGGCUCCGUAAUCUCCAAGAUAACCAGAACAACGCAGGCGUGCCCUCAGCGAAUGCUCCAGUUCCUCCUGCUAUGACGCUUCAUCGGCAAUUCUUCUCAAGCCCACAGACUCCACCCAUGGGAGCAGGAGACAGUCGCCUCCCCGAAGGACUCACUCUGCCUCCCGGCUGGACACUUCUCCCACUUCAUAAUGCCGCCCAGGGCCCUGGUGGGCUGUUGCCGUCCAGCCAUCCUCCCGCAGCAGCAGGGCCUACUCCUACGACGCAACCAUCUACCUCGAGUCCCGCGCAGGCACCUGAAAUGGAGUCUCGCUCUAGUGACGAACUCCGCACUACCAGCAGCUCGGCUGAGGAAACUUCGGGCACGUCCAAUUCGGACAAUCAAAGCCCAGAGGCCGUUGCAUCAGUUCCUGCAUCCGUUCCAGAGAACGCGGUACGCUCAGAGUCACCAUCGCAAGAGUGGACAGAUGUUCUGCAGGAGCCGGCGUCAGAUAGAAUGGAGGGCCCGUCUGACUUGAACGCCGUGGAAAAGCCUGGUGGUGAGCCGAGUAGCUCUGUUGAUACGUCGUCACCGUCGGCUUCGUCAUCGUCCAAGGGCAAAAGUCGCGUUGCAACUGUUGAAGAGGUUGCAGAUGACGAUGCUUAA